AUGAGGGAAGUGGGAAUCCUAGAGGAAACAGUUACCGCGAACGGACUUGGCGCAGUUUCGUUAACCGAUUUGUUGAUAACGGAAUGGCUGCACGAAAGAAGGAGGAAACGGGAACGUCGAAGCAACGUUAUCAAGCGAACGCGCGUGAAAGGGAUCGCACUCAUAGGUGAAAAAGAUUUUCGUUGUUUAUAUAUUUGUAUCAUUUUAAUAGAUGAUAUAAUAAAGCUACAGUUCGGGCGAAUACUUUUAAGUAUCUUUAACGAGACUCGAGACGUCGAAUCUUCGCUGUGCAGCGUGAACACGGCAUUCACCGCGUUGAGAACUUUGAUACCCACGGAACCCGCGGAUAGGAAAUUAUCGAAAAUAGAGACGUUGAGAUUGGCGAGCAGCUACAUCAAUCACUUGGGUGCCGUCCUCGUAGCCGGCCCUGUAGAUCAGCCUUGCUUACGAGUGCGUUUACGUUUAAGUUUAACCGACGAGGACGACGACGACGGCUGUAGUUACGAGCCGAAUCGUUGGACCGAUUCACAGAGAAGACCGCAAGUUUGCACAUUUUGUCUUGCCAUGCAUAAAAAAUUCGUAAGUCGAAUUUACCUAAGCUUUCCCCAAAAAUUAUUAAUUAUAAAAACGUUCUAUUGUUUACUUCGUAACUAACAUUGCUCGUUACUCGCGUACUUCUGAUAACGAUUAAAAUCUGUUUCUGUAAUUGAUUCCGAAAGCUGUACUGGUCUUUUUUACGAACGAUGGUAUUUCAAUUAUGAAACGUCGUGUAUCUUUCGAUUUUCAGGACAUGAAUGUAUCCAAAGAGAUGAUUUCGAAGUACUAGCUGGGCAUUGUAAGAAUUUGGUUGAAUCGUCCUUCGACUCGAACCAUGUUUGUAAAGCUUAUUGUCUUAUUGUGUACAUAGAACUGAAUGGUAUAUGUACCUUUUUUAUGUACAUACAUACGUAAGACGUAAAUACGUACACACACGUAUAAGCGUUA